AGUCGGAUCUAACGUCCCGAAAGUGGGCUAUCGAAGCGACGCUUUGAAUAGCGAAUAUAUGUUUCGCCUUUUUUCGGUCGGUCGGGCCGUUCGUACAAACGGCUAGUGAGCUCACAGGCUUACAUAUACGCUUCGUGAGAAGGUGCGUUAGCUUUCGGCCGCAAGCAGUCUGGCGGCCAGAAACGUCUACACGGUGUGCGGGUUCUGCCCUGAGCUGGACUGGAAACCAACGGCUUUCGUGGGGCCCAUCCCGCCCUGCAAGGUGUGCGCCUGGUGCGGAGUGGUUGCCAUGAGCGGCUGGCUACUUCCAUGCGGCGAGCUGGUGUGUCCGCCCUGUCGCGAGAAGAGCGGAAGCUGUCCUGUGCACGGAACCAAGUUUGCGGAAGACGAGCUCGUAAUGACAACGUUCUUGCACCGGCACAUGAUGCAGUGAAAGGUCUACUGCUGGAGUACGUGCUGCAACAAAACGGGGCCGGUGUCUGCUAUGCUUCAGCAUUAUGAAAAAGACUGCCCUUACCGCAGUGGACCACCACGCUACCAGAAAGGGAAUGUCGAGUGUGUUCGACGCCACACGGAACUGAAACACGCUUCAGAGGCAGCACAUGAACAAAACGCCCAGAAUGCGCUGGAACUGAGCGGUAACUCCGCAGGUGCGAUGGCAAGAAAGGGCGAACCUUUAAAAGACAGCGAUGGGGAGCACGUUGAUGGCCCUGUCGAAGACAACAGCGCUGUUGGCAGCAUCAAGGUAUCUCAUUCGAUCGAACUUUCCACAACUCACAGUGAACCACGGGAAGUGAUGCACACUUCAAUCCAUAUCAGCGUGAAUACAAGCGCCCUUCAUGAGCCCGCCACUUCUGGAUUCGCGGAUAACGAUACGAGUAGCACGCAAUCGAGAAAGGCGGUAGAAGGAGCACACGUACGUACGCGGAGAAUUUUCAAAAAUGAGCAUGCGCAUGACGACGUCGAAGGUAUUCAGCAGUCGAACACCAACCGAGGAACUAACGGUAAAGCCAUUGACGCCGACAACGGUGGCCACGUAGACGAAGCUUCCACUUUUCGGGGCCGUCCGCGAGUACAGAGUAGCUCUGGUUGCACGAGUGGCGAACGCUGCGAACAAGACACGCACGUGAAAGGAAAGGAAGCGUCGGGCGAGAUUUCAACGAACGCAGUGCCACUGCUUUUGCGUGAUGUGCCCGAAACAAAGACCGAACACAUAGGUACGUUGCAUUCUUAGAAACUUGACUUAGAUACCGCUCUAGCAGCUACGAAAGAAUGUAUUGAGAAACACCCAGAAGAUGUUUCUUCUCUGCGUAAACACGAGGAAUAAAACAGAGAGUGCAUCUAUGAAGUUGUUAAUGCCUGCAAAGCAAUAUUGCAAGCAUCUCUCAAAGCAUCCGAGUCGUGCGAAUGGUACGUGAGAAACUACGAUCAAGUCAAGAAGAAAACAUUGCAGCACGAGUGUUGUUCAGUGGGAAGUUCCUCACCGUUUUAUCUCCGUGGAUACAACGUCAAGCCGAGUGUCCUUCUCCGUAAGAGGAAGGGCAUCAUUGAGUUUCAUGCCGAAUUGACUUUGUAUAAGGGACUGUACGAUGACUUUGUAAGGUGGCCUUUUCAAGAGAGCUGCAAGCUUACCCUUCGGCACCCUUCUGAUGUCACUAAAAACAUCGUCUUCUGUAUGACUGGUGCCAAUGAGCCGGGGUAUAUAGCGUACUUGAAACCAAGAGGCAUGAAGAAUGUGAGCGUGCAUGCCAACGAGCACCGCUCACUCAAGGAAAUCGAAGAGGGAGGCUUUGCGUCCGAUAACAAGCUCCACUUUAGGUUCGAGGUUUCGAGCGUGUAACCGCGACAGAGCGUUUCCACCAGCCAGCACCUUAUGCCACUCCCUGCUCAAAGUGUAUAUGAAGUGAAACUCAAGUUUCGGCGCGGGCUGAUUCAAGUGCUUCGCGCGAGAGCUCAUGCAAGAAUCGAAGACAAAUAAAUGUUUGUUAACCAAGAAAGAAAGCUUGUGGGGAUUUUUACGCUUAUUGUUAAUAAAAAAAAAAAAAAAAACGUGCGGAGCUUGCACUAGUGGUGCAAGGCUGGAGUCAACAGCGGAGCUUGUGAUCACCUAGCUUUUACGUGGCUUGCCUAAGUUCUUUGUAGGUUUUGCGAGGUUGUGCUAGGUUUUGCUUUGUUGGUAGGCUUGGCUAAGUCGUGUAUAGGUUUUGCGAGGUUAUGGUAAGCUUGGCUAAGUUGUUUCUUGGUUUUGAUAGGUUAUGCUAGGUUUUGCUAAGUUGUUUCGGCGGGCUUGACGCUGGAAGUUAUCGAGCAGUCGCAAGCUGGGAUCGCUUUCUCGGCGACGUCGAGCGUUCAGGCGCCGACUCUCGCGUACACUGGACUGAAACUCGGGAUCCUCGACUCGGCGUCGCCUCUUCUCAGCCGCAGCGUCGGCGCGGUGUUCCGGAUCAGCUCGGCGGCGAUGCAUUGCUUCUCGCUUGGCAGUACGGUGCUCUUCCUGGUAAGCCGCUUCUUCUUCGGGCGUCCGGAAUUUCUUCGGGUCUUCCCAUGGCAACAGCACGUACGCACUGAGUGAAGGAGGCGAGAGGUGUGUCGCCGCGCUGGCUGUUCCAAGCACUUACUCGCCUGUGACGUCACGACUCCGCCCUAAGCGCGUGGGGUGCGAGGAGGUUACGUGGCUCGGUGCUCGGUGAGAUCCACGAUAACCUCUCAAGACAGCGUCAGCAUCCUUCGCCACCAGUAAACCACACAGUGUCUCAUAGGACUCAAUCAAGAGCAGAACCGAAGCCCCCGCCGCUGCCGCGCAGCGAUUAUAAAAUCAUCCUAAGAGUUCGUGGGGGCCUCAACUGCGCUGGAAUCCAUGCAUGCAUCCUCAGACAAGUCAUCCUCAAGGCUACGGGGCUCCCCAUCACCGACAGCACCAGUUCUGAUCAAAUUCGUGUCCACACUAUCAACAAUACCGUUCUAAUCAGCACACCAGACAUGGGUCGUGCAGAUCUCUACCACAACAUCCAGAGACUGCAAUUCAAUGGUAACCUUUACGAAGUCGCCACCCAUGUGGCCGAUCCCAUCGAUACCUGCAGAGGAUGCAUUCACUUGCCCCCAGAUUAUUCAGAAGACGACAUUGCCUCAACCCUCCGCAGAUGCAACCCAACAUUGACUAUUGGGGGUGCACGACGCUGGGCAAUACUGAUACCAUCAUGGUCAUAUUCCAAGGCAAAAUUAUUCCUUUCUACGUCAACUACGACGGUUGUGCACUUCGAUGCCGCCCCUUCAGGCAGAAGGUAGAAGCCUGCACCCGAUGCCGCGGGAUUGGUCAUCGCCAGGACGUCUGCACUAAUGCCACCGACACACUCUGCCCCAAGUGUGGAAUGAAAAACGCACCCAUGGACCACGAAUGCGACCCAAUCUGUAUUGUGUGCAACGGAAACCAUCAAACCAGCUCCUCACUGUGCAAACAAAGGUUCAAACCGCGCCCUACACAUCCCAGGCAUAAACAAGAUACUUCACCCACCAACCGAACUCCCAGUAUCGACCACACUCGCGACUCAAGCCGGCGAAGAAGUCGCAGCAAAAGCAAGGACCACGGGCCUGGCUACGCAACCCAAGACGUCGCCUGGCCAGCUCUAUCACCAAGCCCUACUCUCGCCAACUCCUCGCGCAGCCCACCCCAGGUAAGCUGGGCUAAGGUAGCCUCUUCCAGCUGCUCCUCAAAACAGACUGCUAUUAAUGAAUCCCUCCUUAAAGAAAAUACAAUUCCAAAAGCCGAAAUUCAAAGACUUAAACUAGAACUCCAAUCUCAUCACCCCUCUACUUCAGCCUCUGAAGCCCCUCUCUCUAACACGACCAUUUCGACUCAUCAUCCAUCAGCCCUACCUGAAACCUCUUCACGCCGCCCCAUGGACACUAGCCCCUCCACUGAACGGGAACCGCUUCACCCUCCCCCCAGCAAACGUAAAACUCCGAGCACUCCGCGAUCAGGGGACACCCUAGACGAGACAAUCUUAAAUUAUAACGACAGCCUAACCGCUUUGGAGACUAAAUUCCAUAUAUAUUCACUGCAGUUGAAAAAAUCAACAGAUUACACAGCCAGGAAUGAAAAGCUCGACAAAUUUAUUGACUUCGAACAAGUACACAUCCAACAAACUACAAGUUGGAUAGCUGGAGUCACCGCCAAUCAUCCUAACGUAGUUGCACCUGCUCGAUCCGCCUCCCCACCAGCUCCGCUUAACAAUGGCCAAUAACCCGACACGCUCCGAGUUUGAAGUGUGGUAAUGAAACUGUAGGGGGUUCCGAAAAAAGAAAGCACACCUCCAGCAGUUUCUAGCCUCCUCUUCUAAUCUCCCAGCUGUCAUUGCGCUUCAGGAAACUCACGGACUAAUCAGCUUCCCAGGUUACAAUGUCUAUCAGACCAAUAAGGCCUCCCGGCCCGAUACGGCAAUUCUUACGCAAAAGCACCUCACUGCCAAUCACUCCCGAUUCGACAGCGUCGAUAUAG